AUGUCUUCCACGCGUCUCCUCACGGCUCAGAAAUACAUCUCUCACUUCACGAACCUUGAUAAAGACCUCCUCGCCUCCCUCCUUAGCGAAGCCUACACGCACGAGUUCGCGCCGACGAGCUUGAACCCACCGGGCCCAUUCACGAAGACCGGCUUUUUGGCACAUGGCGCCUCUCUCUCCGAGAUAAUGACUGGAUUUCCUGUCACCGCCAAGGAGUACUUUGAGUGCGAAGGGAGUAAUAGAGUCGUCGUGUGGGCGACUAGUGAACCGCACUUUAGGGAGGAAGUUAUGGAUGGGGAUGAGGAGGAGUGGAGAUACAGGGGGGAAUAUGUCUUUAUGUUCUGGAUGGAUGAGUCUGGGGACAGGAUUGAGAGAACGGUCGAGUUUUUGGAUAGUGCUGCUACCAAGGACAGGUUGUUCGGGUUGAUGGCGAGGGCGAGGGCGAAUCUGGAGAAGGUCAAGAGUACUUGA